AUGUGGCUGCCGGAGCCGCAGGUCGGCCCCGGCUCGCCGGACUGCCCUGACCUGCUGCAGCACGUCCCGGCGCUGCGCUCGCCGGCCACCCCGCUGUACCUCAGCUUCUUCGAGGAGGAGUGUCGCGCCAUCGCCGCCCGCCUGCGCCUCGGGGCGGCCGCGGAGCCCUCCCCGGGCCCGGGGGAGCUGAGCGGGCUGCAGCCCAAGCCCCCCGGACCCGCCACCUCCACGCCGCUGCCCUUACCGAGCCACGGGCGGCUCCCAGACUCGAGCGCGGGCGAUUCCCGCGGCCGGCGGCGGCCCCGGCGCCCGCCCCACUCGCACGCCCGCUGUGUCCCGGCGGGCGCGGCGCGGCCCGGGCAGCCCUCCGGCGGCGGCCCCGGUACCCCUGCCCGCUCCCCGGGCCGCAGCCGCGCCAGGCUCGCUCUCCCCCGCGCACGGGCCUCGCUGGGGCUGCAGCUCCCCGCGGCCGGCACAGGGCGCGGCGCCUGGGAAACGCGGCUCCUGCGGCCCCCAGGGACCACGCUGAAGCUGACGUCGCCUGCCAGGUCCAGGCUUCAGCGUGCCAGCGGGGCUUCGCAGCAGGCACAGCCUUCCAGCCUUCCCAAACUCGUUCCCCGGGCCAGAGGGGUGAAAAGUAAUUCUGCACCUGCCGGUUGCCUCGCGCGAAGCAGGGAAACACCUGCUGCCAAGGUUGGGAGUUGUAAACAGCCCUCCUCAAAGCUUUCUGCAGGAAUUCCUACUGUGGCUUCCCGUUCCUCACUGCGGCCUCCGGAAAAACUGAUUUCCUCCAAGCGUUUUUGCCUCAUUAAAGAAUCAACUACAGAGGAGCUGGUGUGCAAUAGGACCCGAGAGCUGAAGGAAAAUGAUGAGAGCAAAGAAAGGCUGGUUGCAGCAAGCAUUGUCUUGGGAGCAGGUAGAAAUAACCAGACAUGGGAAUGUGUGGAGUCCUCUUUGUCCAGUGAGCUGGCCCCUGGCCUGACUUCAGGGUGUGAAGAUGCAGUCCCUGCUGAGCAGUCUGCAGGUGAUCAGCUGUCCCAGGAACUGGAGCGUGUGAAGAAAGAGCUGGAACGAGUGAAGGGCGAGCUUGCUGACAAGACUGCCCAGUGUGAAGCCUAUCAGCAGACAAUCUCCUCCUUGCAGGCUCAGCUCAGAGCAGCAGGAAUCUGUCUGAAAGAUGCAGCUGUGUUGGACAGUGGUGACCUGGAGAGAGACUGACAGCUGGGACAUGGGGACAGACAACAGCCAUUGUCCAGCUGUGUGAGCCCCUGGGCCAGUGAUAUAUGUAGAGCUCUUGAGUUAAUUAAUUUUUUAACUCCUUGUAUGUAAAAUAAAGCUGUCUUUUGCAGUGG